AUGAUUCAAGCAGAAAUACCCAAUGAUGAAACAAUAGUAGUUCAUUUAGACCAUUUAGACACCUAUCCCGUUAAUAAUGAGCAUCAAAUUGAAACAAUUCCUGAAGUGGUAUUGCAACCAUUAUAUGUUCAGAGUGAAUUUGACCUUCGAACGGUGGAAAUUGGGGCGGAAACAGCAAAGCUUGUAUCUCCAACCUUGUCAGACCCAAAUUUGAGUGGAGGUGUUGAACAUUCUGGAAUUCUUUAUGCAGAAAUGAUUGCAGAUAAUUUUGAAGAAGUUCCGGGCCCUUCUAAUGAAAUAAAUAGUAAACAAGAAGAAAAAGCUUUGGCUAGCAGAACAGCUUCGACAGAUGAAGGAAUUGGUUGUGGGGGAGAGGGAGAAGAAUUAUUUAGACCUAGAGGGAAAAGUAGUGGGCAAUCUAGUAGAAAAGGUGGAAGACUUAGAAAUCAAAGUGAAUUAGAAGUUAAUGCACAUCAUUAUAAAAUGCAAAAUGUUUAUAAAGAUCAAAAAGAAAAAUCGAGGAGUAAAAAACCGUUGACUGAUAUUGACUUUGAAGGAAUUCUCAAAAUAAUUGGUGGGUGUUCGACAUGGCAAAUUCUAAUAUAUUUAAUUAUUUCUGCUCAUCAAAUGCCUCAUGCAAUGUUUAACCUUUCUGUUGUUUAUUUUACUUAUUUGCCUGAUCACUGGUGUAAAUUACCGAGUUUUUCGAGAGAAUAUAUUGAAAAUCCAGAAAAUAAAAUUGGGCCAGGUUGGAGUUGGGAGAAGGCUUUGGAUGCUGGAAUAGCUUUUCCACAGGUUCGUAAUAGACGUACAAAACAUGACCAGUGUGCUGUCUACACAAUUUCUGAGGCACAGCUACGUGAAUAUUUGGCAAUGAACUUUACCGAAGCUAUACUUUUGGCUAGAGAACGGCCCCCUUAUUUAAUUCAACGUUGUAAACAAUGGGAAUAUGAUAGAAAUAUUAUGUCAGAUUCUGUAGUAACUCAGUGGGACCGGGUCUGUGACGAUAAUUGGAGUAGAGCACACGUCCAUCUUUCUUAUUCACUUGGAUAUUUAGUUGGGUUUGUAAGGUUUUUAUUAGCUGCGUGCAAUGAAGCUGCUGAUUUGGCUGCUUAUGUUUAUUGUAUGGAAAUUACUGUGCAAUAUCGUUCAAUAGUUGGCAGCCUUCUUCAAGCCCCCUGGGCCUGUGGAUAUGCUUUUUUGGCUUUGGUCGCUUAUAUCUUUAGAUCUUGGACAUCAAUUCAAUUAAUUACCUCAACCCUUCAUUUCUUUGCUCUUUUCCUCGUUCAUCACUUACCGGAAAGUCCUCGAUGGUUAAUUGUAACUAAUAGAGUUGAUGAAGCAGAAAAAAUUAUUAGAAAGUUGAGGAGUGCCUGUCAUUUCAAUAAAAGUUCAUUGCCUUCAGACUUGGAGUUGGUCCGACAUUCAGAAAUGCGCAAAUGGAUUGAUCAUAAUCAACGUCCACAUUUUCUCCACUCAUUUAAAUCGCCAACAAUGGCUUUUAGAAAUGUUAUUAUUGGAUUAGUUUGGAUAGCUACGGCUUUGGUUUAUUAUGGAAUUGUUAUUGCUUUGUCUGAUCAAUCAACUCCCGGUCGUGCAAUGUUUGCGGGAAAUUUCUUUUUAAAUAAUGCAAUUGCUGGGGCUAUUGAAUUACCUACAUUAAUUGCUUGUGUUUUUUUGUUACAUAAAGGAGGUCGUAAAUGGUCACAAGUUAUUUCUUUAAUCUGUGCUGGAACUCUAAUUUUUGCUGCAAUGUGCCUUAGCCUUCGUGGAGAAAUGGCUUUUUCUCUUCUUUUCCUUUUAGCUGGAAAGGCGUGUAUUCAAGGGGCUUUUAAUAUUCUUUAUAUUUUUACCUCAGAACUUUACCCAACAGUUAUUCGAAACAGUGCAGUAGGUACAUGUUCAAUGAUCGCUAGAAUAGGGUCAGCGGCUUCUGGUUAUAUUGCAAUACUUUCUGAUGUAACACUUCCAAUCGUUCCAAUGGCCGUCUUUUGUGUCUUUUCUCUUUUUGCGGGGGUUCUUAUUUAUUUUCUGCCUGAAACUAGAGACUUGCCAUUGCCAGAGACUAUGUAUGAUGCUGUGAGAAUGCUCAAUAGCAGUGGAGAACGUUAUCGUUGUAUUGGUGGAAAUCAAGCAGCGGAUGGGGGUGAACACGAGGACGAUUUUGAUGAUUAUUAUGUUACCAAAGCUAAUAAUAAUGAAGAUAACAAUACUACACUUUCGGAUGUUGAAGAAGAAAAGGAGAUUGGAGAUGAUGUUUUUCUUUAUACAAAUGUUAGUAAAAGGUGAUGAAAUGAGUAGAUUAAAAUGGAGAUUAAUUAAAAUCAAACUAAGAUAUUAUUUAAUUAGAUUCAUUAUACAAAAAAAUAGUCUG